UGCUUACACCGUAAGCACAUCAGUACAGUAAAAUAAAACAUCUAUAACCAAGUUUUACACAGCGUAAAGUGCUAUCCUGCUUUAAGAAUCUUUAGAAAAUUUAACUGGGGAAACAACAUCAACACCACAAGACUAAUUAAUCUAAGUGUUGUCAGUAAUCAUUACAUCCCUAAUGAGCAAAGAAGGCACAGUAAUUAGAUAAAUAUUACUGAUAUAUUAAGUAAAUUCUGUGCUGACCAUUCUGCUUGGAGGCUGUUACACUCCUCUGUUGAGAGUCAUCACAGAGCAUCGCCCCUCUCUGGGCUCUCACACUUCUAUAAAGGGAGGUGGUCCUCCAGUCUCUGCUGAUCUUUUUCUCUCACACACACUUCGACACAUUGAACAGACCUGCUCACCAUAAAGGAUACCAUGUGGCUCGCUGUGCUUUACAUAUGGGGAAGCCUGUUGACAUUUUCUGUGUGUCACGUCUGCCCAGAGACCUCCGAGGACGUUGCUUCAUGGGUAACGCUGAAGCCCCUGGGGCACUGCGGGGACGAGGAGAACUUGUGCCCUUACCGACUCACCCUUCCGCCUCUCUCCAUCCAGCUUCCCAGGCCUUUAAGGGAGCUGGAGAAAAUGGCCAAAGAGCUGCAGGACCUAAAGGAUGUGGUGAACCAGCUGAGGAGGGACUGCCAAGAAUGUAAGGACAGACAGAAAAAACACGACGAGGGUAAGGAAAAGAGACCUCAAAGUGGAGAGCAAGCGGUCCGGAUCUUAACGUCAACCUUACUGCAAGAAGACACAUCAGAAAGUGAGGGAACCAUCAAGGAUGGGAUGAAGACGCUCAAUCAUUCCAUUUUAGAACGCCAGGAAUGGAACAUUAACCCGAGGGUUGAUCUAAACCAAGGCACCACAGAUCAGAUGUCUGAGAUGAGCAGAGAAGUAAAAAUAUUUAACCCCUCACUUGAUGAGACACCCGAGGACAUUUCCAAGGUCAGACUCGUGUUCUCGCCCACACCUGAGGAGACAGAAAGGGAACUGAAGUCUAAGCGUAGAGAACUGAUAGAAUCGUCCCUUCCUAGAAGAACAGAUGCCGUACAACCCCAUGGGAAACAGCAACCAAACAUUCUCAGAGAUGGACAUGCAAAGAACAUCAGUGCCAUACUGGCGGCGAGAAGAAGAGUGCAGAAUGUGGCUGAUCCGAAUGGAUCAAAGGGUGUUAACUGGAAGAUAAUGGAUUUAAGCACAUCAGCUGGGAAUAGAAGGGUUGUGAAAUUUCCUGGAGCAGGUGGACCACUGAGGCCAAGGGGGUCCUACAUAAAUGGUAGAGAUGUUAAGAUUACCAGUGAAGACAGACUGAAAAAUGCUCCUUUGGUGAGGAUCCACAAUCUACAAUCCGGAGACAACACGGUCAAGACUGAGCCAGAAGAGGAUGGAUAUUCCCCAGUGAGAAGUGGAGUUAUGCAGGUCAAGGAACCAAGUCCUCAUAUAACAAACAAAAAACCUGGAGCCCCCUCAACAAAUGACCAAAACAAUCAAGCCAUCAGUAGGUUUUCUGGUCCUAGAACAGAUGAUGGACAUGCCCUGAAAGAUGCAAGCCAAGUAACAAAAGUUACGGAGGACAAUUUAAGUAGAGUAAACAAGACUGGGAUUACAACACUCCCAACAAAUCUGAGGAAAGAAAACCAGGAUGAUGUAAGUCAUGUAUCCACAAAUAAGUCACUCCCUAGUAUUAUGGACCAAGCUGAACAGCCAAACAUAGUUAAAGAGGAAAAAAAGCACAUGGGACAGAGUGAACGUCUGGUAGUUAUUAGUAGUGCGGAAGAGACUAGCUCCAAUGUGAACAGAGAGAGCUUGACUUUCCCAGAAAGACAGGUGGAAAAUGAACAUUUUCCAAUUACAGAAACUAAAAACAAGCAAACUCUUUUAAAAAUUCGGGAUAAAGAAAGGAGAGUUUUGGUAGGAAGGACCAAUUUACAAGCUGGGGACAUGACGGUCAAGACUGAGCCAGAAGAGGCUGAAUUUCCCCCAGCAAGGAGUGACGUUAUACAGGAAGAGGAAACAAGUUCUCACAUAGCAAACAGAAAACCUGGGACAGACAGUGGACUGACCCUGUCAACAGAUGACCAAAACAAACAAGACAUUAGUAGGUUUUCUGGUCGCAGAGCAGAUGACGUACAAGGCCUCACAGAUGCAAGCCAAGUAACUAAAGUUAGGGAGGAGAAUUUGAGAAAAGUAAACAGGACUGGGAUUAGAAGACUCCCAACAAAUCCAAGGAAAGAAAACCAAGGUGAUGUGAGUCACAUAGCCACAAAUAAGUCAGUCUCUAGUGUUACAAUCCGAGGCAAACAGCCAAACAUGGUUAAAGAGGAAAAGGAGGCAGAGAUGGAGAGAGGAGAGGACUUGACUUUCCCAGGAAGACAGGUGGACAAUGAAAAAAGUCUAAAUCCAAUCACAAAAACUAAUCACAGACAAAUUGGUUCCACAUUUUUGGACAAGGCUGACAGCACUUCUAAUGAAAGGACAGUUAAUUCACUGUCUCCAGAUCUUAAAGAUCAGAUGCAGCCAGGAACAUUCAUUGGAGGGACAAAUGAACCUAACGUAUUUAACUCACUGAGUGCAGGGACUAUGAAGAAGGACAUACCAAGCCUGGUGGAAAAAGAUCUGGUGAAGCCCACCCCUGUCCAAACUAUUAAGACUAAAUCCGCUGAUAGUACAGUGAGUAAGACCAGUAGGGUUCAACCACCUGUAGUAGGCCAGGGGACAAGGAGAAUUUCAGUGACUCCACUCAAAGCUCCAGCUGAAGAGAUACGUGAAGUCAGUCAAGACAACAAAAGAUAUGUGAUGCCAAACCUGAGUAGACACCCCAUUAGACAUCCAACAACUGUGAAUUCAUCUAGAGUCAACAAACUAAGACAACGUAAUGUGAUGGACAACAUGUCCGCAAACAGAAGUGCUGGGGCACAUCCAAAGCUGUCAUUUCCAGUCAGAAACAGUUAUAUUGCCAGGAGAAAUGGCUCUGGAAUAAGACCGAGCUAUGUAAGGAGGCCAAACUUUCAAACUGAGCCAACCAGAGGCUUCAAGACAAAGGUAAACACAUUGACUCAAUUCCCUAGUCCCACUGGUGCAACUGAACAAGAACAAACAGAAGACAUCAAACACAUUCCGCAGGCGAUGAGGUCAACUGUAUUGGACAAUCAGUGGUUAGAAAACAACAGUACUAAGUCACAAAAUUCAGGAGACAUACAAGAUUUGGAUAAGGUUCGACAAGGUAAGAACCAAGUUACAGACAACAGUGAGACUGUGUUGAGCUCAAACGUUGAGGAUCCAAACACUCUGCAAAGAGGAGCCUCAACUUCACAUACUGGUGGGAAAGAAAGCAGGAUAUUUAGUUUGGGAACUGCUGAUUCCAGCAGCGAACACCUAUUUGACAUGGACAAAAUCAGCAGUGGGAAGAAAGGAGAAACUGCAUUAACUUUAAAGAAAGAGUUAUCUAAGGAACCAGAAACAAAUCUAUUCACCACCUCGACAGUUUCUUUUACGGACAUAGACCAUGAAGACAGCACAAAGAGUAUUCAUAAAGUGACAAACGCUCUUGUUGAAAUGGCUAAAAACAUUAGCUGGGAAACGCCCGUAAGCUUUGAAAACACUGGAGCAACAAGAGAACUGGAACUUAUUACAUUUAAUAACGACAGAGUAGAAGAAAACUCUGGGGACAUAUUAUCUAACUCAAACAGUGCGGACACUGCCCAGGGUUACGGCGGAGAGGGCUACGCAAUUCCAGUUGUUUUGGAAACGCUCAGAAAUGUUGAAGAAAUUAAAGGCUCAAAGCUUUUCUCACUCAGCCCAGAGGACACCGCUGAGGGGUUUCAAUCGCAUACAGCCAAUGAUGAGAUGACAGAGAGAGAGCAAGAAGAGAACAUCCACAGCACCUGUGGCAGUGAUUGUCACACCACGUCAACCCAACAGUCCCCAACCCAGAACACGCCCCCAGUGGAAUCUGGAAGAGAAAAAGGACCCGCACAAGACUGUGCUGAUUACAUUACGAAAUCCCGAAGGAAUGGUGUAUAUAGUGUAACGCCACAGCCAAGGAGCAGCAUGUUUCCUGUUUUCUGUGACAUGGAGUCCUCUGGAGGGGGAUGGACUUUGAUUCAGCAUCGUUUUGAUGGCAGCACAAGUUUCAAUCGCACCUGGAACGAGUACAAGAAUGGAUUCGGUGAACUAACAGAGGAGUUCUGGCUUGGCAAUGACAAGAUUCACUUGUUGACAAAGGCGAAAAACAUGUCAUUGCGAAUAGAAAUCGAAGACUUUGAGGGCGUCAAAGAGUACGCACAUUAUGACCACUUCCAUGUGGCCAAUGAAAGCCAACAAUACCGUCUGUCCAUUGGUGGUUACUCCGGUACAGCUGGUAAUGCCAUGCAGUUUAGUAAGACCUACAAUCACGACCAGAAGCUGUUCACCACUCCGGACAGAGACAAUGACCAUUAUCCCUCGGGUAACUGCGGGGCCUAUUACAGCUCAGGCUGGUGGUUUGAUGCAUGCAUGUCUGCAAACUUAAACGGUAGAUAUUAUCAAUCAAAGUACAAAGGGGUACGUAAUGGGAUAUUUUGGGGGACGUGGCACAACAUUACAAUGGAAUAUUACCCAACCAAUGAUAGGCAAUCUUUUAAGACCGUUAAAAUGAUGAUUAGACCUAAAAACUAUGCUAAAUAGUACACGAAUCCGAAACUUACCAAUCAAAAUUAAGCUGUCUUUUAAAGUUAUAUGGUGAAAAAAGGCAAGUGCCUUAAGUAUAUUGCUACUCGUGUUACUGCUUUAUUAAUAGAAAAUAUGUGUGGUGUCAGAACUUGAAUAAACAUUGACAAAUAUUGUUUUGAACUGUACAUAUAUGCAUUAGUAGAAUACAUAGAAUACACAACUGAGCCCUCUUGUGUUGCUUUGAAAAUACUGUAUUGCAGAAGACAUAUGAAACCAUGCUCUUAUAUAUUGUAUUUUUUUUUAACUUACACUAAAA